AAAUAUAUUCGCGUUUCUCUGACAGCGGUACGCCUGGAUCGUGCGGUUGCUGCGCCUAUAACAGUACAUGCGUGUAUCUGGAGGCAAAUUAGACGCAUAAAAAGAAAAAAAGCAAGUUAAUAUUUUGGUAUUGGAAUGUAGGCUAUACCUGUAAUAAAUUAACAAAAUUAACAAGUACCGUGCUUUUUUGUAAUGAUAGCAAUGCCCUGAAAAAAGAUAACCCCAAGAAAACACUUUCCCAUUAGUUAUUUUUUCUGCCUUAAUUCCCCUCAACACCAGUACAAACUUUAUGUCAAUCAAAAAGCUUUGAACCAAUCCUUGUUUUCCAGGGGCCGGCGCCCGCAACACGCGCUGUACAAAGAAGCCGGCGCGCGGCGGCGGUCUGACAGACAGACCGUACCUAUAAACUGCAGGAGCUGUCCAUGCUGUAAUUGGCCUUUAGAGAUAACGGUGCGACGAUGCUCCGUUUCUGAAAUACAUCAGCAAUUGUGUGUGAUGUCUCAACUUUGUUUAUUAGGAAGUCCAGGUCUUUAACCCUGAUAUGCAAUCGGCGAACAACUUGGUUUUAGUGAAGGCACCAGGGGUAUCGUCCCUGACAAAAAGGAUGGUGGAGAUCAAUUACACUGACGUCUUCAACAGGUCUUUCGCGGACCAGGAGAGAUUCAGCAACCUGGAGGACAUUGAUGUUAUUGCUGACGGGACUCCGGUCCUCAGGAUCAUCAUUUCAGUAGUUUACUCUGCUGUGUGCGUUGUCGGCUUAGUGGGAAACUUGCUUGUAUUUUUCCUUAUGAAAGAAAGGCAGGGUAGGAAGAAAUCCACAAUAAACUUCUUCGUCCUUAACCUGGCUGUUACGGACUUCCAGUUCGUUUUGACUCUACCUUUCUGGGCUGUAGACACCGCCCUUGACUUCAGCUGGCCGUUUGGCGAUGCGAUGUGCAAGAUCAUUCUUUCCGUGACCGUGAUGAACAUGUACGCCAGCGUGUUCUUCCUCACCGCCAUGAGCAUUACCCGCUACUGGUCUGUCGCUUCAGCCCUGAAGAGCCGGAGCCGGCGGGCACGCUGCUCAGUGCGCUGGGUGAGCGCGCUGCUCUGGCUCUGCGCUACCGCGGCUACGGCACCAACUUCCAUGUUCUCCACAGUGACAAGUAUAGCCGGGGAAAAGCUCUGCCUCCUUAAAUUCCCCGACGGCCAGCACUGGCUAGCUCUCUACCAUCUCCAAAAGAUACUGGUAGCAUUUGUUAUGCCUAUGCUAAUAGUCUCGGCGUGCUAUUUGCUGCUCCUGCGGUUCAUCCGACAGCGGAGCAUGAACAACAAUUAUCCUAAAAGGAGAUCCAAAGUCACCAAAACCGUAACCAUCGUGGUUCUCUCCUUCUUCCUCUGCUGGAUGCCGAACCACGCUAUCACCUUCUGGGGGGUCUUAGUUAAAUUCAACAUGGUACGCUGGGAUAAGGCGUACUACACCAUCCACACUUACGUGUUCCCUCUUUCAGUCUGCUUAGCUCAUGUCAACAGCUGCUUAAACCCGGUCCUGUAUUGUCUCAUGAGAAGGGAGUUCAGAAAGAUGCUGAAGGAUUUGUUUUGGCGAAUUUCUUUACCUGUUAUACAUAAUAAUAAUCCAAUGCGCCCUUUUUCUGACGAAUUACAACCACAACACGAAAACACGCAAAACGUUAUUCAUCUCAAUGUCAUUGCCACUGAACAGUAUAGACUAUCCACUAUUGAUGGACAAUGCGAAACAGAAAUAAACAAAUGAAAUGCGUGUAAAUUGAUUCAGUAUUUAGACGGAUAAGCACAACUGACGGUAACCUUUUUAGAAGCAGGCUGCAUUAUGUGCCAAACUAGAUAAAUACAGGAGAUUGCAUUAGAGUCGUUUAUUUGUGCUUUUUGGAGGUUUUGCAUAAAGUAUUCAUCUUGUUUUCUGGAAAAAAAUAUUGAAAAGAGCUAGAAGAAAUGCUGGAAAUAUAGAAGAGUCGAAAACUAUGAUUGAACUGAAUAAAUCCAUGUACUGAAUCCAGCCAUAUUUUCUGUCAUAUACAGGAAUUAAAGUCGCUCGCCUUUUGUCUAGACUACUGCUGUAUUGUUUCUGCUAAGGUUACUGCCACCUCCACCGUUCGUUAUCAAUAUGUUUUAUCUUUCAAAUAGGCUACACACUUCAGCUUUGUAUUAAACAAUGUUCUCGUAUGCUAUUCAAGAUUUAUAUGUUUACGACAGAGUGACAGAUAUACGUUCAUGUUUUGUCUAAAUUUUCAAAAUAUCUGACAUCAUAUUCUGCAUUAAGUAUGAUUCAGCUGUAAUUGUAAAAGGUGUAACUCUUUAGUGAAACGAAUGUAAAGAGAGUCAAGGAAACAAAGCUGCAUAAUAAAGUUUUUCUUUAUUAUUCAUGUA